UUUACCACAAAAGAUUCUGGAAGGACGCAAGCUAACGGGGAAGAAAUUCGUCUGGAGAGAAAGAAUUGGGCGAACCUCGGCGCUAAAAUAACUUAAUGAAUGUGACGAAAUUAGGUAUUCUUUUAGGACAGAGAAAAGUAGCGAGGGUAUUCAGUUAGGAUAAUAGAUUUGUCUUCACGGCAGAGAAAUGCUGCUUGUGGAUUAUGGGUACGACUGCUAGUGCAGCGCCGCAGCCAGCUUCUCUAGCCCCUCCACACCAAAGUGUCCAUGGCAACGGGAUGGCGGACAACAGGCGAUCAGUGAGCAUGAACUCCUUUCAGAACGUCAGCAUUCACAACAACAAGGCCAAGUCCAUCAUCACCAAUAAAGUGGCCCCCGUUGUCAUCACAUAUAAUUGCAGGCAAGAAUUUCAAAUUCAUGAUGAGCUCCUCAGAACGCAUUACAAAGUCGGGCGAAUUUCAGACACAAUGCCUGAACACUACCUUGUCCAGGGGACGUACUUCAUGGUUCAGGAUGUGUACAGCAAGGCAGACGUGCUAAACACUACAGGCAGCUAUGGAGCCCCAAAUUUUCGGCAGGCCAAGGGAAACUACCCCUUGUUCGGAAUGGGCCAGCCCAGCGUCAGUGGCUUUAAGCAGGUCCUCCAGAGACUGCAGAGUCAAGGUCAUGAGGAGGUUAUGUUCUUCUGUGUACGAGAGGAGCCGGUUGUGUUUAUUCGCCUGGAGAGCGACUUUGUGCCAUACACUCCGAGGAGAAAGGAGAAUCUACAUGAGAACUUGAGUGGCCUGGAGAAAGGGCUCACGGUCGAAGCCCUCGAGCUAGCUAUCAGAAAGGAGCUGCAUGACUUUGCGAAACUCAAUGAGAACGUGUACUAUGUCUACAACGACAUCGAGCACUUUAAAGACGAGCCCCAGCACAUCGCCAUCGCCUGUGAAGAGGACAUCCAUGUCACUGAAGAAGUUUACAAGAGACCCGUUUUCACCAUGCCUUCAUACAGGUAUUACCGGUUACCCCUGCCAGUGGAAGGAGCUCCCCUUGAAGAGGAGUUUGAUGCCUUUGUAGACAUACUCAGGGAGAACCCAAACUUGUUGCUCACCCGGGACAAGUCCAGGCCUCUGCCUGCCUUGGUCUUCAGCUGUCAGGUUGGAGUGGGUCGCACCAACCUGGCCAUGAUCUUGGGCACUCUGGUUAUGUACCAGCUCAGAGGCACACCUGAGAAAGCCAAAGCGGAUGAUGCAGGUGGUUCUACGCCAAAACCACUUUUUCGGGUAAUCCAGGCCUUAAUCAGCAAGCUUCCCAUAGGACAGCAGGUCCUGGAGGAGGUCAACAGUGCCAUUGACCUGUGUUCAGAGAUGCACGACAUCAAAGAGGCCAUCUAUGAAAACAAGAAAAAGCUAGAAGGAAUUGGAGAGGAUUAUCAGAUACAGGGUAGCAGUACCAAACAGUAUUUUCUUCAAAGGACAUUGCUGAGUCUGGAGCGUUACUUCUACCUGAUAGCCUUCAACUCUUAUCUUCAUGAUCAGUAUCACCUGGCCUUUGCAUCCAGCUUCAGCCAGUGGAUGUGUGCUAACCCCUGGAUGUACAGACUCCUGGCCUCCAUGAACCUCUCUGAGCUCUCCACCCCUGCUGAUAUGGUCACCAAGGGAGUGCGUGUGCUGGUGGCCAACGAGUUCCUGGCUCCGGACGUCCUCAGCACGGUGAAGGAGAUGAAGGUGGCCAACUUCCGAAGGGUUCCCAAGAUGUCCGUGUACGGCAUGGCCCAGCCCACCUCUGAGGCCACGGGGGUGGUGCUGACGUACCUGACGGAUGAGAAGAGGAAGCACGGCCGCGUGCUGUGGGUCAACCUGCAGGAGGAGCUGGUCCUGGAGGGCAACGGCCAGGUCUACACCCUCCGAGAGCCGGCCUGCCUCGAGCAGCCCAUUCCCGUCCCGGCCAGAGACACGCAGCAGAUGGAGACGCUGGAGACCGCUGUGAAGGAGGAGGUCCUCCGAGCGCAGAAGUGGCUGGAGGUGACUCUGGAGCAGGAGAAGCAGAUGAAGAUGUUUAAGAGCUGUCUGACCGUGCAGGAGAUGUUUAACCAGCACAAGAGCGCUCACGAGGGCCUGGUGUACAGACGCAUUCCCCUGCCGGACUACAGCGGCCCCAGGGAGGAGGACUUUGACAGACUGAUGGACGCGAUGAAGGGCACUCUGGCGGAGGAUUCACACUCGGCCUUCGUCUUCAACUGCCUCAACGGCAAGGGCCAAACCACCACCGCCAUGGUCAUCGCCGCACUGACCCUCUGGCACUUCAACGGUUUCCCCGAGUUUGGCGAUGAUGAAAUCGUCAGUGUUCCUGAUGCCAAAUACACCAAGGGAGAAUUUGAGGUGGUGAUGCAGCUGGUCAGACUGCUCCCGGACGGACACCGUAUGAAGAGGGAAGUGGACAUGGCUUUGGACGCGGUCAGCGAGACCAUGACCCCCAUGCAUUACCACCUGAGAGAGAUCAUCAUCUGUACCUACAGACAGAUCAAAUCGGGGAAAACGGAGAAGGAGAUGCAGCAGCUGCUGCUGAAAAGCCUGCAGUACCUGGAGCGGUACAUUUACCUCAUCCUCUUCAACACCUACCUUCACCUGGAGAAGAAGGACUCGUGGCAGCGGCCUUUCAGCGUGUGGAUGCAGCAGGUGGCUGCCAGAGCUGGGGUUUAUGACAUUCUGAACCAGCUGGGCUUCUCUGAGUUUGAAAACCCCAAGGACAAACCACUGGCCAGGCUGCGUCGUCGCUGGCAACCACAGCACCUCCACUCUCUUCCUUUCAGAGGGGACUUCAUCUGAGAUAGGAUCACUGUGAACUGCACCUCCGACUCCUCCGUCUCCUUAUGCCUUCGCCAUUAUUUCUGUUUCCCUCUGGUUCCUGAAAAUAAUGUUUUCUUCUCUUUUUAAAACAAAUAACGUUGUAGAAAUAGGUUUCAUUGCAGAAGAUUUUUUAACACUUAUUGAGUGAUUUAUAUGCUAUUCGCUGUUUGUUUAUAAUAUUUGCUCUGGCCUGACUCCGCUCACACGGAUGUUGACCUGUCUGGUAUCUGUAGUCAUAGACGAUGGUAUGUUUGUGUAUGCCACACUUUGGAGAAAUAAGAGAAUACUUAGAAUCAGUGAAGUUUAAAGCUUUUAAUAUUUUAAAACAGCGUAUACAUUUUUCACUAGUUUAAAAAAAGAGAGUGUGGAUUCAACUUUUUGUUUGUACCCCUGCUGCUUCUUUUUUUUCUGUAACUUGGUUAACUCUAAUGUUGAGAUGGUCAUCAGCACACAUUCUUGCUGGUUUCAGUAUUAUCUGCCCAGUCAUGUUCUUCUGUAGUUAAUCCCUGGAGGAUCACUGAUCUAGACCACAGAGUUCAGCUUCUUAAUUUGGAGUCUUCUCCCAGGUUCACCCUCAUAUUGUUCUAGGAAAAGAAACACUGUUUUCUGGGCUUAUUUUUUAAUUGCAAGUCUAUUCUAAAUGCUGCAUGUAUGUUUACUGCUAAAACUUUUUUGACAGUUCAUGUUUACCUUUCAUUUCUAUUUUAUUUAAUGAAUUUGAGUUAAUAGACCAAAUUGUCAAUUAAUAAAUGUGGAGGAAUCAGAAGCCAAACAUUAGUGUGGUCCAUUAAAGCUUCUUUGAAAUGUAAA